AUAUAUUGAUACAGCCAAUGCUCUGGAUCAAGAAACUAAAAUGGGGUUACGACGCUUUGAAGUUUGUGACAACAUUGAUCUUGAAACUAUUUUGAUGGAAUAUGAGAGCUACUAUUUUGUAAAAUUUCAGAAAUACCCCAAAAUUGUCAGAAAGGCAGCAGACACAGCAGAAAAUAAUUUACCACAAAGAAGUGGAGGGAAGACCAGAAGGGUGAUGAGCGACAGCUGUCAAAAUCUUCCCAAAAUCAGCCAGCAGAGGCCACGGUCCAAAACCACGGUGGGGAAGCCAGGGGAUGCCAAGCCCGUGCACAAGGAACAUCCUAAACAGGAGCUUGUCAAUCACACUCAUAUGGAGAGUGCUGAUUUUGGCUUAAAUAUAUAUGGAAUAAACAAAGGCAACGGAGAAGACAACAUCCGCUCACAGAAAAGCCAACUUGUUGACUUCCGAGGGCUGCUCACAGAUGCUCUCAAAGGAGCAACCAGUGAACUUGGCCUGAACAGCUUUGACUGUAACCCAGAUCCCUCAGAACGAUUGCUGAAACCUCUGAGUGCAUUUAUUGGCAUGAACAGUGAGAUGCGAGAAUUGGCAGCCGUGGUGAGUCGGGACAUUUAUCUCCAUAAUCCAAACAUAAAGUGGAAUGACAUUAUUGGCCUCGAUGCAGCCAAGCAGUUAGUCAAAGAAGCUGUUGUGUAUCCUAUAAGGUACCCACAGCUGUUUACAGGAAUUCUUUCCCCCUGGAAAGGACUGCUGCUUUAUGGACCUCCAGGUACAGGAAAGACUUUACUGGCCAAAGCAGUGGCUACGGAAUGCAAAACAACCUUCUUUAAUAUUUCUGCAUCUACCAUUGUCAGCAAAUGGAGAGGAGAUUCAGAAAAACUUGUUCGGGUGUUAUUUGAACUUGCCCGCUAUCACGCCCCCUCCACCAUCUUCCUGGACGAGCUGGAGUCAGUGAUGAGUCACAGAGGCACAGCUCCUGGGGGCGAACACGAAGGAAGCCUGCGGAUGAAGACAGAGUUGCUGGUGCAGAUGGACGGGCUGGCUCGCUCCGAGGAUCUUGUGUUUGUCUUAGCAGCCUCCAACCUGCCGUGGGAGCUGGACUGUGCCAUGUUACGCCGCCUAGAGAAGAGGAUUCUGGUUGACCUCCCCAGCCAGGAGGCCAGGCAGGCCAUGAUCCACCAUUGGCUGCCCCCAGUGAGCAAGGGCAGCGCCCUGGAGCUGCGUGCAGAGCUGGAGUACAGCGUGCUGAGCCGGGAGACCGAGGGCUACUCAGGCUCAGAUAUUAAGCUAGUCUGCAGGGAAGCAGCCAUGCGACCUGUGAGGAAGAUCUUCAGUGCCCUUGAAAAUCACCAUUCAGAAAGCAGCAAUUUACCUGGGAUCCAGUUGGAUACAGUGACCACUGCCGACUUUUUGGACGUGCUAGCUCAUACCAAGCCUUCAGCAAAAAAUCUGACUCAGAGAUACUCAGCCUGGCAAAGUGAGUUCGAGUCUGUCUGAAAUCACAUGUACCCUGACCUGGCUGCAAAGACAACCACAGAGGCCAGCUGAUUGAAGUUUAAGUGUUAGAAGAAAUGUAUCACUUGGAAUCAAAAAGUUAUUCUUGAAGACUGGAUUAAUUUGGACAACUGUACCAUUUUGGAAAUAGAUACUUUCAUUAGUUUUUCAUGGUUAAUGUCAGCAGAAUACUGAAGACUGACUACAGGUGUGUGUGCUCUGAGGUCAUGCAAUGGAGACUUUUCUCACAAUGAGAUCCCAUAAAAUUUUGAGGAGUAAUUUCUUAUAGUGUUCCU